ACUAGAGCUCUGGCUGCGAGGUGGCAUCUCGCUAGAGCUCUGGCUGCGAGGGGGGUCCUAAUAAUACGCCUCUUUUAUUUUUAAGCUCGAACAAGGGAAAGGGGUAGGAAAUGGCGACGCCCAAAAGAAACGAAGAGGAAUUGGGAAAAAAUAACAGCAGAAAGAAGAAGAAAGCAAGUGGAAAAGCGAUAGAGGUUAAAUUGGAAUGGCCUGUCAUCAAACCCAAGAAGGAUCUUCAGAUCAAUCGCCUUAAGGGCACUCAUCUCUUCACGAUACCAAAUUUCUUCACUACCAUAGAAGCAAAGAGCUUUGUUGAAGUUACGGAGACACUAGGCUUCACCCAUCAAGGGAGUCGUGGACCAGCUUAUGGUGAAGCUUAUCGGGACAAUGACCGCAUAUCUGUGAGUGACCCUGUUCUUGCUGAAAGAAUAUGGCAAGUGGGUCUGAAAAGAAUAUUCGAAGAUAUCAACCUUCCGAAUAAAGUUCCGGUCGGUCUGAAUCCAAAUAUACGAUUCUAUAGAUAUAAUGUGGGCCAGUGGUUUGGUCGGCAUAUUGAUGAGAGUGUAGAUCUAGGUGAAGGGCGUAGAACACAGUAUACUCUAUUAAUAUAUCUCAGUGGAAUUUCAAGCUUCAAAGGGAAAAAGAAGGACAGUCAGGACUCGAGCUUGCAGUCUCUAGGUGGAGGAGAGACCGUCUUUUAUGAUCAAAGACUGGGGGUCGUCGCUGAGGUCAAGUGCAUGUUGCAUGAAGCUCGUGCUGUUACCAAGAACAUUAAAUAUGUGUUACGCUCUGAUGUAGUAUUUGCUUCGGAAUCAGGAUUCAUUUCGUGCUGAGUAAACUUACUGCUGAGGCUCUUGAAGAUUCUGGCAUGAAGUGUACAUUUGUCCAUGAAUAUUCAGAAACCUUUGAUGGGUUUGGUGUUAGAUGAAUAGUAAACUAAAUGAUCAUCUGGAACAGUUCACAAAUUACAAAUAUCAUUGUACGCAUAAUAAUAUUGAAUCACUUUGUUGUAGUUCUUUUGAGUAUGCAGGCGAUACACUCUUAACAUCGUCGAGAACGUGCAUAAAUGGUUCCUUCGACUUAUUGCAGCUAGAUGGAGAUGAGGUCCUUUGGUAUCA